CUGCCGCGGCCCCCCCCCCCCCCCAGCCGCUACGGCACCUUCCCCCAGAAGCACGAGCCCCCGACCCCCCCGGGGGAGGAGAGGAGCCCCCCGAUGCCAAACCACCCCUCCUCACCCAAGGGAGGUGGGGAGCCCUCCCCGGCCCCCCUGCACCGACCCGGUGACCCCCCCCACUGCCCACCGGCCACCCGCUGGCCCCCGCUCCCCGGCACCCGCAGCCGGACCCCUGAGGGACCCCCAGGGCGGCGGCGGCGGCUGCUGGAGGAGGAGGGUCCGGUGGCCCAGGGGGGCAAGCGGCAGCGGCAGCGCUACGUCACCAAGGUGGGCAAGUGCCAGGUGAACCUGGGCAACAUCCAGGAGAAGAAGCGGUUCCUCUCGGACAUCUUCACCACCAUCGUGGACCUCAAGUACCGCUGGUUCCUCUUCGUCUUCAUGAUGUGCUACAUCCUUACCUGGGUGGCCUUCGGCACCGUCUACUUCCUGGACGCCUGGGCGCGGGGGGACGUGGCGCACCGGGGGGACCCCUCCUGGAGGGCCUGCAUCCAGAACGUGGACGGCUUCGUCUCGGCCCUGCUCUUCUCAGUGGAGAGCCAGCGCACCAUCGGCUACGGCGCCCGCAUGGUGACGGCUGACUGCGCCGAGGGCGUCAUCCUCCUCAUGGCCCAGUCCAUCGUGGGCUCCAUGAUCGACGCCCAGCCUUGGCAGGGCCGGAGCCAGUGCUGGCACGGAGGGGACCCCGGGUGGGAUGCAGAGAGACGGCACCGGGCUCUUCUUGGCAGGGCCUGA